AUGGCUACCAAGCUAAGGUUUGUGAGGAAAAAGCAAAGACUUAAAGCCGAAGACGCAGAAGCAGAAGAAGCAGAAGAUGAAGGAAAAAGCAAGACUCCCCUGUCAUCACAUGUGGCAGGAAGACGGAGUGUGAAAAGAAAAGAAGAAAAGAAGGGAGAAGGAGAAGGAGACAGAGAGCGCCGGUCCAAGGCUGGGGAACCGUCCCAGCAAGCGCCAUCUCCCUAUCACAAUCUCAUGCAGCUAAAAUGGCGGAGAAGCAGCAGAGACGAUGGCCCAGACCAUGCAGGAAGAAGAAAUGGUCAGCACAGCCCAUAUACUUUCAUGCAGACGACCCCAGGCAGAGGUACUGGGUACUGGGGGCUCGGGGGACCGUGA